UAUUGUGGUUGGCUGUUUGUACUUCCGGUGUCACGGGUCAACUCCUCCGAGAAGAAGCAAGGAUCAGAGAAAAUCGUCGCACAACGACUGAAAAACAAUCAAAGUCAUGUCCCACACCAUCCUGCUGGUGCAGCCCACCAAGAGGCCAGAGGGAAGGACAUACGCUGAUUAUGAAUCCGUCAACGAGUGUAUGGAAGGUGUGUGUAAGAUGUACGAGGAACACUUAAAGAGAAUGAACCCCAACAGUCCCUCAAUAACAUACGACAUCAGCCAGCUGUUUGACUUCAUCGAUGACCUGGCUGACCUCAGCUGUUUGGUGUAUCGUGCCGACACACAGACGUACCAGCCGUACAACAAGGACUGGAUCAAAGAGAAGAUCUACGUGCUGCUCCGCCGUCAGGCCCAGCAGGCUGGAAAGUGAAGCCUCUGAGGAGGCGGAGCGUCGAGGAGGGUCAACAUCAUUUUUCUGAUCUGUAACUUGUGUUGAAAUUGUUUGAGUCACCUGUUUUGAGAAGUUUUUGACAAAGUUUUUUAAAGUUUCUUUUUUUUCUCAUGAAGGGGAGGUGCAUUUUGUAUUUUAAUGUUUGCCUUAUUAAUAAAGAUUUCAUUUAAAUAACUAAA